AAAUUAAUAAUAAAAAAAGAAAAGAAAAAGUUCGACAAUUCUGUGUCACUCGCGAGAACACACAGCUUCCUUGCUUUUGAUUUUGAGCGACGUUCGCAUCUCACAGCUACCGCGCGCGCCUCGUCGGUCACCGUUUUCCGGUCGCAUCACGUCAGGUCGACGGUGGCGUCUUUCCGGUCUUCGGUUGCUGCUUGACAGCUCACACCGUUGCACCUACUUCGUUCUUCCACAUGAAGAUAUUGAUGUUGUUGUGUAGGCAAAUAUAAUACCUAAGCAAUGUUUGAAGGCUUGGUUCAACAGUUGCUCUUGGGUUACCUUGGUCGAUAUUUCAAAGAUAUCCAGAAAGAGCAGCUGAAGAUUAGACUUGAGGUGGUACUACUAGAGAAUGUGGAGCUAAUACUUGAAGCAUUUGAUUAUCUCCAGCUUCCGUUUGCACUAAAGCAAGGUCGAGUUGGGAGGUUAAGCAUCAAAAUUCCUUGGAAAAAGCCCUGGGAUCCUAUUAUAAUUAUUUUAGAGGAUGUCUUUGUUUCUGCAUCCCAGAGAGAUGAUCAAGAGUGGGGUGCUGAAGCUGUCGAGAAAAGAGAAUUUGCUGGCAAAAAGGCUAAGCUAGCAGCAGCAGAGUUGGAAAAGUUAUCCAGACGUGUGAGUGGUAGCAAUGCCGGCCAAUCAUUCAUUUCUCACAUCACUGCAAAGGUUCUUGACAGCAUUCAAGUAGACAUUAGGAAUUUUCAUGUUUUAUACAGUGAUAUGCAGAAUGACAUGGGGCAUGUUAUGUUUGGUUUGAAGUUCUCUAAUUUGACCAUGAAGCAAAAUGUUGCUGGGUCUUAUAAUGCAAGGGUGAGGGUGGUCCAAGAGCAUAAAAUCGUAGAGAUUAAAGGACUGGAAUUUUAUUCCAGUAUAUUUCAUGGUUCAAUGGAAUUGGUAACUGUGAAUGGGAUGAGUAACUCCCACUUAGCAACUAAUAUAAGAUCUGAAGGGGAAUAUUAUAAUUCUAUAUUGGCUCCUUGUGAUGUAACCAUAACUCUUUCGGCUAACAGAUCACAUAGGCCUGAUGAUGAUGCACCACAGUAUUCUGUCAGUGCUGAAAUGAGUGGUUUGGUUGUAUCCUUAGAUGAGUGCCAGUUGCAACAGAUGUUUAUCGUGUGGGAUUAUGUUUGCAUUUGUAGGUUAAGAGAAAAGUAUGGCCGCUUUCGUCCUUGGCACUGUCCUCUACCAAGAAAAUCUAAGGGUUGGCAAAUAUUUUGGUGGCACUAUGCACAAGAAUCAGUCCUUUCAGAUGUACGCAAGAAACAAAAGAAAACAUCAUGGAGAUACCUUGGGGAUAGAUUAAGCUACCGUCGGAAAUAUAUUAACUUGUACAAGAUUAAGUUGGAUUUUCUUCAACAACAACAGCCAGUUGAUGAAGAUGUGCUCCAAGAUUUGGAAGAAAUGGAGAAAGAAUCAGAUUUGGAUGAUAUUCUGAAUUAUCGAUCUGCUGCAGAAUAUGCUAUGCGGGAAUUACUUUCAGGGUGUUCUGCUCCUAACAAUGGGAGGAUGCACAUUGAUAUUCCUACAGAAAAGUCGUCCAUAGAUGACCAUGCAGUCAAAUCACGGGGAUGGUUGAAUUGGUUAUCUCGUGGUAUGCUUGGUGCUGGUGGAACUGAUGAUUCCAGUCAAUUUUCAGGAGUUGUGUCAUUUGAUGUUGAGGAUAUAUCUGAGGCAACAGAAUUUCAUCCUGUAGUUUCAUCCAGUCUUGACAUUGCUACAAAGCAUGAAUUAUGCACAUUGGCAUUGAAGAUUGCAAUUAAUCAGAUUUCUGCAACCCUGCGUAGCAAGAGGUAUGGUAAAGCAAUUGCAGAAAUAAUUCUUGAAGGUGGGAUUGUUGAGUCUAAGCUCUACAAAGAACAUGGAGUUUUUUUAUCCAAAUUCAAAUUCGCGAAAGUAGUUCUUCCAAAUAGCCAGGAAGUGAUUGUACAUAUUAGAAGGCCUUUCAUUGAAAAUAAUACAUCAGAUAUUGACGAUCAUGCAUGCAGCAUUCAAGUAGAUUUUUCAUCUGAUGGAGAUACAGCCAUGUCAGUAAAGGGAGUGCUUCAACAAAUUCAAGUGAUGUUUGAUGGGAACAUCUUUUUGAAUCUGCUGGAGUUUUAUGAUGUCUUUACAACUUUCAAAUUUCAUAAUGAAAGGGUGCUGUUGUCACUGAAUGGAAUGAAAAAUGACAACGCUCGGCUCUUAUCCAAAGCAGAAUAUGUUUUCGAGAACAAUAAGAAAGUUAUGUGGGAAAUUACUAUCUUUGAUGUUUCUGUUAAUAUUCCGUGGAGGAAUACAGCAGCAAAAUAUUGCAACUUGUUGAUGAAUUCAAGGUCUUUAUGCUUGAAAUCAACUGAGAAUCUUGAAUCGUUCUCUUCAAAUGAUGAGGACCACCAACCCUACUGUGUGAAGAGCUUUUUAAAUUCGAUAUCUGCAUCAGAUAUUUGUAUAGGAAUCCAACUUCAAGAUUUGUACAAUUAUUUUGAUGUUAGACUCGAUGAUUUCCAGAUCACUUUAAUUGGUUCUGACCAGUCAGAAAAGGUUUCUAUUCUACAGAAAUUGAGUGCAACAUUCUUCCUGGCAUCUUGUGUAAUCCCGGAUGAAUCCAUUUUGAAGCAGUUGGAGGUCUAUGUUUUCAUAGCACCAUUUAAAGCACACUUCUCUCCUUCCAUAUAUGGUGCAAUCUUAGAAUUGAUCACUUAUCAAGGAACCUUGCAUCUGAGCAGGGAAUCUGAAACCUUGAACUGGCCUUAUCCUCCUAAUGUGCCUUCGGUUACGCCAAAAUCUUCCACUUUUGGAAUAUCCAUUAGUUCAAAAUUUGGCUCAGUUGAUCUGGAAGUGGACUUUGAAAAUAAGUUCAUUGUUAGGACAAAACAAAUUAUUAAUGUUCACUGAAACGAAAUCUUUGUACUUUGCAGGUAUGGUUCCACGGAAUUUCAGGAGUUAUUUCUUAGUAUAAGAUCUUUAAUGGUCUCUAUUUGUGAAAAGAAAGAUGAAAAAGACAGCCUUUUGGUUCUUUCCUCUGGGAAUUUAUCUUCUCCUAUUAGUGCAGUUGGAGAAGAGUCUGUUUCUGGACCAAGUAAUGAAUUUGAUCAACAUUCUGAUGCAGCUUUAUCUGGUGAUGCAUGUUUUGCAAUGCAUUAUGAAUCUCCUGGAACUGAUUUACUUUGUCACAAGUGUAUUAUGUACCUAAAUAAUACUGACAUCCACUGUUACCCACAUAUUGUGGGACUUUUUGUUGGAUUCUUCAAUAUGUUGUCUUCCUAUAAUAUCAAUUUUGAGAACUCUGCUUGCAGUGAUACUUCUGAGGUUUCAAACAUUUUAUCAACUCUUGGCUCACAGAAGUUUGGCUUCUCAAAUUAUUUCGAAUUUGGUUCCUCUGAUUCUGCAUGCAUUCCAGUGGAUCAUUUUCCAUUUGUUACAAUUCACAAUACUGACUCUCUGCAUAAUCUAGAGAGUGCACUUAUAUAUGCCAUUCCUGAGUGGAGAAAAUAUUUUACUCUGAGGGACAAAAAAAUUAGAUGUUCCAAAAUUAACCUGAGAAGAAGGUCCAGAUUUUCCCACGUUUCACCCUCAAAGUCCAGACCCAAUUCUGGAUAUCUAAAGGAAUCUGGGAUUGCGAGUAUCUCUAACGUUAUUUCUAUAGAGCUGCAUGUUUGUGGAAUACGAGUACAUUUUCACGACUCAUCAUGCAUUAUUGGAACAAUAAUGGUACCUACAUCUAAAUCCUGUCUCUUAUUUUGUGAAGAAAGCUUUGAUAUUUUGUCUUCUUUCGAAGGAUUGGUUCUCACAUCAUCUUGGUGGGGCCGGAAUUUCCAAGAUUAUCUAUGGGGUCCCUGCUCAAAUUUAUCUCCUAUUUUGAAUGUGCGUGUCAGGAAAGGAAAGAACAUAUCUUCAACUAUUGGGUUGGAAGUAAGUAUUAGUGUUCAGCAUGUGUACUGCAUGUUACCCUCUGAGUAUCUCUCCAUCAUCAUUGGUUACUUUUCAUUAGCUGAAUGGGGUGGCGAUUCAAGUGGUAGAUCUCCUGUAGUGGAGCAGAGUGAUGUGUAUGUUAAAAAUGAAAUGAGUAUCACAGUUAAGUUUGAGGUCUUGGACUCUACUCUUAUUUUUCCAGUGGAGAGUAAUGAAUACCAAUAUCUAAAGGUUGAAAUGCGGCAGUUAUAUGGUAGUUUUAUUGAGAAUUCUGGUUUUGACAACAUAUUGAAGAGUAUCCCUCCUGAAUGUUUGGUUCCUGUUCAGAAGCUUGCCAAGAGGAAUAAUUGUGUAAAUGUGUUUGCCCGUGAUGUCUACCUAUUAUUUGUUUUGUGCAAGAAUGAUAUGUAUGGAUCAGCAACAAUUGAACAGAAUACUGAGUUUGUGUUAAAUACUUUAAUUGCCCCUAUAAAUGCUGAUGUUUGGGUUAGAAUUCCAUAUGGUGAGCCUAGUUGCAACAGCUCUUCAUCAUCCAUAUGUUGCAUGACAAACAUCAGCAGUUGUUAUAUUAUUGCUGAAGAUAGUAAUUUUUUGGAUGGAUGUUUGGCCCUAUUGGAUGUUAUUGAUGAGUUCUCCACUGUUGAAGAUAAAUCAAAAUGUUUCCAAUCAGAUCUUCUGCAAUUCCUAGAUUUGAAGAGAAGUUUAAAGGCAACUGGUGCCAUUUCAACAACUCCAGGUGCUUCAAUGAUGAUAUUGACAGAAAUAAAAUGUCACACUCAGUCUUUGUUGAUAAGCUUCUGUCACAAAAAAGAAGAUUCUGUUGAACUAAUAGCUAAGGGUGAUUUCCAAUUUAUUUGCUCUGCAUCCUUGGUAAAUGAUUCACUGGUUUCGAUAGAUGUAGGUUUCUCCACCCUUGUGUUAUACUCCCCACACGAUUCUAUGUUAGCAAAAUUCAGUUCAGCUCCCUGUUCCACAUUAGUACUUGAAAUAUCUUUUUCUAAAUCUUUGGACAGUCAGAAUGAAGUCAGCCUCAGUCUUUCGUCUCUUGAUGUUUGGCUUCAUCUGUGUGAGUGGACUGAGGUUCUUAAAUUCCUCAAUCAUUUGAGUGUAAGUUUGGACAAAAAUGUUUCUACAGAUGCAACACCCAAGAGCUUGUCUUUCAAUGCAGCUGAUUCUGUAAAAAUGACAGCAAGAUGUGAUGCUUCCAAUUUCCUUGAUUCCGACAUUAACUCAUUGCAGUUUACAUCACAAGAAGCAGAGAAUGUUGUUUUAAUGAUUGUUAAGUCGAACCUCAUUUCAAUUUCAUUUCACAUCCCUGUCUGGGUUAGUGAAGAACCUUGCUUGGAAUUUCAGCUUUCUGAAGGUCUCAAAGUGACACCUUUAAGUGCAUCCUCUGAUUUGGUUGAAGAGAAAGACACAAAAUUCCUGACAGUGACUUUGAACAUGAAUGGUUUUGAAUUUUUCAUGAGUAGCAGAGAUUUCCAUCUGAAGUCCAACAUGGAAAAAUUGAGCUGUGUAAUAAUGACUCUUGAGAAUGGAAGAUAUACAUCUUCGCCUCUUUGUGAUAUCUUUGAGGUUCAUGUGGAAGCUGUACUGUGCAAGAACCCAACAAACACAACCGAGUCCAGGGUGGAGAUUAUAUGUGAUCAUUCAGAUGUGUGGCUUUCACAUCCUGCAUUCUAUUUAUGGGGUGCUAUAAAAUUCGACAUUCCCAAAUCUGGCUCUUCCCAGUAUUCUGCUAGCGGCAUUGCUUUCAAGUUUAAUAUGAGGAAAGUCUCUAUUCUGCUAACAGAUGGAAAGUGGAGCUAUAAUGGGGCACAGAUGGAGAUUCUAGUCAGAAACAUCCUCUUUCAUGUAAAGACAAGCGAAAAACUUAUGGAAUGUUCAGUUACUGGCAAUCUUCAAGUUAAUUACAAUAAUAUUGAGAAGGUGUCGUGGGAGCCUUUUAUUGAACCUUGGCAGCUUCUAUUGACUUUAGUUAGAGAACAAGAAACGAGUACUGUGCUGAGUAUGUCUGUUCCAACAGAAAUCAUUUUCAAGUCUACUACUCAGCUGAACAUUAAUAUCACAGAAUCCUUAGUUGAGUGUGUUUCACGCACAACUGAGAUGCUCUUGGAUGCGCUGGGGCUGGUAGGAUUGAAUAAUUAUGAUGGCAACAAACUUAUCCAUUCACCAUAUGCUGAGCUCAUGUGUACGAGAAGAUGUGGUGCUCCCUAUGUCCUACAAAACCUAACUUCUGUUCCUCUUCUAUAUCAUGUAUAUCAUGGUCCUUUAAAUCCUGAUGAACUUUAUGAUUCCAAUGAGAAAUAUGGAAAAUAUGUAAACCCAGGUUCCACAAUUCCAAUAUACAUGGAUGAAAACACUGAAGAGCGGCUUUCACGUUACAGGCCUUCUCAUUCUUCUGAUAGUCUAAAUGAUCAGAGGCUAAAUGGUUUUGCUCAUCAUUAUAUAACUGUGCAGCUUGAAGGAACACCUAUGCCAUCUAACCCAAUGUCAAUGGAUUUAGUAGGAGUUACAUACUUUGAGGUUAAUUUCUCCAAGACAUAUAAUGAAAAUGACGAGGAUGGUAGAAUGAGUACAGGGCCUACUUUCAUUGUUCCCGUUGUUUUUGACGUUUCAGUGCUGCGCUAUAGCAAGUUAAUUCGGAUAUACUCCACUGUUGUACUCCAAAAUGCAACUUCUAUUCCUCUUGAGCUGCGGUUUGAUAUUCCAUUUGGUGUGUCACCGACGAUAUUAGAUCCGAUACACCCAGGGAAACAGUUACCACUUCCACUGCACUUGGCUGAAGCUGGUUUUGUAAGGUGGCGGCCUAUGGGAAGCUCUUAUUUGUGGAGUGAAGCUCACAACCUCUCAAAUCUUCUAUCAGUGAAUAGCAGAGUAGGAAAUUUAAAAUCAUUUGUCUGCUAUCCAUCUCACCCAAGUAGUCAUCCAUUUCGUUGCUGCCUAUCAGUUAAGAAUAUCAGCUUGACUUCAUCUGGUUGGAUGAACAGUAAUAUCUCUGCAGAUGAUGGAAAAAAGCGUUAUAUUCAUCACUUGAUCCUAAGUGCUCCUUUAAUAAUUAGCAACUACCUUCCUAAGGAAGUUUUGUUGGUUAGUGAAAGUUCAGGGGUAAAUCAUACUGUGAGGGUUUCAGAGGUGGAAACUUCUGUUUAUCAUAUUGAUCCCUCUCAUGAUCUAGGAGUGGAGAUCUGCAUUGACGGAUUUAAACAUUCUGAUUUCAAGUUUCCUCGUUUAGAAAAUUUCUGCACUCUGGCCAAGUUCAGUGAAACUGAAACCAAGUUUUCACUGUCUGAAACCCUGAUAUUUGAACCAACUAAUUCAGACGGUCAUAUGUAUGUUACAGUGGAGAAGGUGAUUGAUGCAUAUUCUGGUAGCAGGGAAGUAAUAAUAUAUGUUCCUUUCAUCUUAUAUAACUGCAUGGGUUUUCCUAUGUGUAUAAAAGAAACAACUAGUGGGUCAAAUCAGAGGGGAUUUGUUAUUCCUUCGUAUUAUGAUUUUUGUGAAAACGAAACAAUUUCUACAAAAAAGGAUGGUCUCUCUCUCCUGUCAUCCAGCCACGAGUUACAUGCUGAAGUUCCUCAUAACCCAAGGAGUUAUUUGAAGAAUCAUACCAUCUCAUGCAGAGAGGAUGUUACUGCAAACACUCCGAGCUUCCCAGGUAGUUCCUUAUUCUCUGGUAACUACCAUGGAAGUUUAGGAAGACAACGAAGGAAAACUGGUUCUAUAAAUGGGAUUUCAUCUUUAGGAAGAUCGAAGAAUACAGCCAGCUCCAUUAUCCAGUCAACUUGGAAGGAUUUUGGUUCCGGUAAUCAGGAGCAUGGAAAGGUUGGGCCAUGUAUGUAUUCUCCUGCUGCUAAUUCUGCUAUAAAUGAGAUUUUGGUUAAAUUAAGUAGAUAUUUCCCUGGAGAUGCUAGCGAACAGUUGCCAUUUUCUUUGUGGUCAAGUCCAUUUUCUCUGCUACCACCAAGUGGUUCAAGUACGAUUCUUGUUCCUCAGUUAGCGUCAAAUUCUGCAUUCAUUGUAGCUGUGACUUCUAACACAAUUGGUGAACAAUAUACUGGGAGGACAAAUGCAAUCACUUUCCAGCCUAGAUUUGUAAUCAGCAAUGCAUGCAGCAAGGAAAUAUCUUACAAACAGAAGGGAACUGAUGUAAUUUUUUAUUUAGGAAUAGGGGAACAUGCUCAUCUUCAUUGGACAGAUAUGACUAGGGAGUUGCUUGUCUCAAUUUGUUACAAUGAAUCAGGAUGGCAGUGGUCUGGAAGCUUUUUGCCAGAUCAUCUAGGUGAUACACAACUGAAAAUGAGGAACAUUGUUUUUGGCACUUCAGACAUGAUUCGAGUUGAGGUGCAGAAUGCUGACAUAUCAAUGGGGGAUGAAAAAAUAAUUGGAAGCAUUAAGGGAAACUCAGGCACCAACUUGAUUCUUUUGUCGGAUGAUGAUACAGGGUAUAUGCCAUACAGAAUUGAUAAUUUCUCCAAGGAGGUUGCACUAAAUAUGCGUGAGCUGCUUUAUUGUAAUGGUUGUUGAAAUUUACUAUUUUCUUUCUUGGCUAUGUUAUAGAGAUUGCGAAUAUAUCAGCAGAAAUGUGAAAUGUUUGACACAGUCAUUCACUCAUACAGUUCUUACCCUUACACUUGGGAUGAACCCUGCUAUCCUCAUCGUCUUACAGUCGAGGUACCUGGAGAGCGAGUUUUAGGAUCAUAUGCCCUUGAUGAUGUAAAAGAAUAUAGGCCUGUAUGUUUGCCGCCAUCUUCCGAGAAACCAGAAAGGACUUUCUUUUUAUCAGUGCAUGCAGAGGGAGCAACAAAGGUCCUCAGUAUUCUCGAUUCAAAUUAUCAUGUUUUUAGUGAUGUUAAAAAAUCAGAUAUCCGACAAACUGCAGAUAAAAGGUUAUAUGAUCACAAACAAGUUAAGCUGUCAGAGUACAAGGAAAAAAUAUCAAUUUUUAUUCCGUGUAUUGGAAUAUCUUUGAUUAAUUCAUACUCACAGGAAUUGCUUUUUGGCUGUAUUAAGGAUAUACAAAUUGAGCUACUACAGAGUUUGGAUCGUCAAAGCCUUUCCUUGCAGAUAGCCUUCUUACAAAUUGACAACCAGUUGCGCACCACUCCAUAUCCUGUUAUGUUGUCAUUUGAUAGUGGAUACAAGUCCUGUGCUGCUGACAACGUGAAAUAUAGGGAUGAUGUUGGGGGGAAAAGAAUUGAAAAGUUAAAUCAGAUUUCUAUUCCCGUGUUUAGCCUAGAAAUAUCGAAGUGGAGGAAGAAAGACAUUUCGUUUAUUUCAUUUGAAUACAUAAAAUUGAGGAUGGCAGAUUUCCGUCUUGAGAUUGAACAAGAAGUCAUAUUAAGCUUGUUUGAGUUCUUCACAAAUAUCACUUGUGGGAUGCAAUGUGGAAUCAUGGCAUCUUCGGAUCACUAUGAGGGAGCAUCACUAAAGGAUUCCUCCUUUGUUCAGACUGAGAAAUUGAGAUUAACUACUGACCAAUGUCCUCCAAGAAUUGAUUCCUUUUUCAAUGGAAAAUCAAAAAAAUAUGUGGCAUUGCCUUCCAUCACUCCAAUUGGGGCCCCUUGGCAGGAUAUUUAUCUUUUGGCAAGAACCCAGAAGAAAGUUUAUAUUGAAAUUCUUGAAUUGGCACCAAUCAAAAUGACUUUGAGUUUUUCUAGUGCCCCAUGGAUGCUUCACAAUCGGAUCCUGACAUCCAAGGAAUUUCUUAUCCAUCGAGGUCUAAUGGCUCUUGCUGAUGUUGAGGGGGCUCAAAUUUAUUUGAAGGAUUUAAGUAUUGCUCACCACAUGGCCAGUUGGGAAUCUAUUCAGGAGAUUCUAAUUAGGCAUUACAACCGCCAACUACUUCAUGAGAUCUACAAGGUGUUUGGUUCUGCUGGUGUGAUUGGUAAUCCCUUGGGUUUUGUGAGAAGCAUGGGUCUUGGCAUUAGAGAUUUCUUAUCAGUGCCUGCAAAGAGCAUUAUGCAGAGUCCCACCGGACUUGUUAUGGGCAUGGCUCAGGGCACCUCUAGUCUUUUAAGCAACACAGUGUAUGCCAUCAGUGAUGCGGCUUCCCAAUUCAGUAAAGCUGCACGCAAGGGUAUUGUUGCAUUUACAUAUGACGACCAAGCAGUUUCACGUAUGGAAAAACACCAGGCAACUGUAACCUCAGAUAGCAAAGGCGUAAUUAAUGAAGUCUUAGAGGGAUUGACUGGUCUUCUCCAGUCACCUGUAAGAGGAGCUGAGAAGCAUGGUCUCCCCGGUGUCCUCUCAGGAGUUGCUUUAGGAAUUACAGGACUAGUAGCAAAACCUGCUGCUAGUAUACUCGAAGUUACCGGCAAAACUGCACUCAGUAUUCGAAACCGCAGUAAGCCCAAUCAAUUGAGAUCCCAAUGCUUUAGGAUCCGUCUUCCAAGGCCACUGAGCCAUGAACGUCCAUUAAAACCUUAUUCAUGGGAAGAAGCUGUUGGGAUAUCCGUCCUUCUGGAGGCUGAGGAUGGUCUAAAAUUCAAAGACGAGAAGUUAGUGGCUUGCAAAGCCCUCAAAGAAUCUGGUAAGUUUGUCGUCUUAACAGAGAGAUUUGUAUUGAUUGUUUUCAGUCCUUGGUUAGUAACAUUGGGCAAGCCUGAGUUUCCCGGCAUCCCUGCCGAUCUCGAGUGGAUAAUUGAAUGGGAGAUUGGAUUGGAAAACAUAGUACAUGCUGACGCCGCUCAAGCGGUUGUACACAUAGUUAGUAGCAGACCAGAUUCCCUAUUGAGACAAAAUCACCAUUCUCCUAAGCGAAGCAGCAGUAGAACCAGAGCUGUGCAUUGGAACCAUAAUCCAACUCAUCUUCCACUCCCCCAGACGAACUUGGAGCUAUCAUCUGAGGAAGAUGCAACCAACUUGUUACAGCUCUUGUUGUCUGCCACUGAAGAAUGGAAAGGCAAAGCUUCACACUGCGGGCGCAUCCUGCAUCGGGCUAAUCUCAAGACCAAAAAUGAAGCAAACGUGAAAGAGGGGAUGUGAUUCUUCUAUAUUUGGAGAGCAAUUCAACUACACUGAGCAGAGAUUUUGCUGAAUUUUCUCUACUUGUAAUUAUUCUUGUACAUUAUAUGUUUAUAUUUUGUUUGUCCUUGCUCCCCAUUUGUUCUUGGGAGUAAAUAUUUCCCAUAGUUGUAUAGAAUAGUGGUUAUUAUUUUGUUUUUAUAAUCCUUGUAAUUAUUGGGUGUUUCAUUUGCUUGUGUUUGUCCCAUUUUUGGAAGUAUAGUCAUGGAUGUACAAGGUGUGAUAGAUCAUAUAUAGGAAGAUUUUAUUUAAGGCUUAACUAACUCCAUGCAUUUAGUGUGAAACAUAACUUGUUGACAUGGAUUAUUUUUA